UAAAAGAAAGCUAAGGGUUCACUUCAUCAGAUCUGUCGUCUUGAACAAUUUUUCCAUUACCAUCUUCUCUUCUUGCUUACUCUCAAGUUACACAAGUGCUCCGUUGCAGGCUUUUGUUUCCGAAACAUGAGGAGAUACAGUCCGCCUUAUUACAGCCCUCCGAGGAGAGGCUAUGGUGGUCGUGGUAGAAGUCCACCUCCUCCUCCUCGACGUGGAUAUGGUGGUGGUGGACGUAAAGGAUCUAGCCAUGGAAGUCUCUUGGUCCGUAACAUUCCUCUUGAUUGCAGACCAGAAGAGCUUCGUGUGCCCUUUGAGAGGUUUGGACCUGUGAGAGAUGUCUAUAUCCCGAGAGACUAUUACUCAGGGGAACCCCGGGGGUUUGCCUUUGUGGAGUUUGUUGAUGCAUACGAUGCUGGGGAAGCUCAAAGAAGCAUGAACAGGAGGAUAUUUGCUGGGAGAGAGAUCACUGUGGUUGUUGCUUCAGAGUCUAGAAAAAGGCCCGAGGAGAUGCGAGUGAAGACUAGGACCCGUAGUAGGGAACCCUCAGGCUCAAGAGGUCGUUCUCAUGGACGGUCUCGUUCACGGUCAAUCUCUCGAUCACGCUCUCCCCGUCGUCCAUCAGACUCUAGAAGCAGAUACCGAUCAAGGUCUUACUCUCCUGCACCAAGACGAAGAGGAGCAGAUUAUUCACCAUCUCCAAGGAGAAGGCAAGAGGAACGUCCACGAUCACCACCAAGAGGUCCACCUCGUGGAGAAGAAGAAGUAAAAUACAGUCGCAGGUCCUACUCCCCUGGCUAUGAAGGUGAUGCUGCUCAAGACCGGGACAGAAAUGGAGACAAUGAGAUUAGAGAGAAACCUGGCUAUGAACCAGAGGAAAGGCGUCGUGGUGGAAGAGCUGUUUCAAGGUCGCCAUCAGGAUCUAGGUCCAGGUCUGUGGAGGCAUCUCCAAGAUGAUACUGAUGUUAAGAAGCCAUCUCUCUCCCUAUCUCAAAGACCAAAGCUUUGUGCAACGUUUUAUGGGUCGUCUUUGUUUCUCUCUAGUAGUGGUCUGCGUGUCUUCAAAAACUUUCUACUCUGGCUUGUUAAAGAUAGUCGUGUCUUGUGAUCUUACUUGAAUCUGUCCUCGGUUUAAUGGGUCUUAUUCUGAAUUUUUGUAUGAAGAUUGGUUAAGGUUUUGAUGUGUGAAUUGAAACGCAAGGAAACCAA